UCUGAGACGUUUCGAAGCAUUAAAUUACUGUAAAUCAUUCAAGUUACUUCAGGUUGUUGUGGUUAUUAAUGUCGCUAGACAAGUACGGCGCAUCAAAACCUUUGCUUUAGCUUUUACUUCUCGUCUUGCGUGGUCUUGCGGCGCGUUUGUAUAUUCUCUGGUUAAUAGUCACGGACACGCACAACGUCGCGCAUCAAGUGACACACAUGAACCUGCAUUAUUCGUCACAUUUAAGAACACACGCUUAACCAUCAUGCACGCAUGCAAGAUGCAAGGAGAUUCAUCAUGAUCCACACCACGCCUGCUGACUUAUUAAUUUAUUAUUAACUUAUUAAUAUUCUCUUUGAUAAUAAUAUAAUAAAUCGAAAUUAGCGGUUGUUUCAAGGUUGGAACAAAGAGUUAACCAGGUUCAACCCAAUAUACUCUCUGGUUCAACCAGGCGCAAACACAUUUUCUUUUUGGUUGGACCAUAUUCGACCUGCAGCGCCUGCGGCGGCACAGUCAAGCCCUGGCCAAGCCAGAGAUAUACACAGGAUAGGAUACGCUCAUUGGCAAGAAGACUGGAGUGGCUAUGGCCAAUUCCAGGAGUGUGGUUCUUAAAUUGUACAAAACAAUGUUGAGAGAAGCCUUGGAAUUUGAUUCCUAUAAUUUUAGAAUGUAUGCUUUGAGGAGGAUACGAGAUGGCUUUCGAGAGAAUAUGAAUAUUAAAGAUAAAGCAGAAAUAAGUGAGAUGAUCAGUUAUGCAAAAGAAAAUCUUGAUAUAAUAAAAAGACAGACUACUGUAGGAAAGAUGUAUAGUACUGAGAAACUUAUAAUAGAAAAUUCUGAGCCAAGAGAAAAUAAACUGCCUUCAGAGAAAGUCAUAGCAUAAUAAAGGAAAAAGCAGAAAAAAACAGGCAUGUCCAUGUUGUUAGUUUGUUGGUUGUCAUCUAAUGGACCACUUCUCCUGUGUCUCCAAGUUGUGCAAGCCCAUGAUUCUAAUGUUUGAUAGAACUUUACUGCAGCAUUUGGCUUGAUGAAUGUUUUUUUGUGUAGUACCAAUUGUGAGUUACAGAGAUAAUUUUAUGUAGUACAAUUUAUGUGAUAAAUUUGUUAAUUUCUAUACACAGAGGCAUUGCAUGCCUUGUUGAGGAAGACUGUUAUCUUGCUGUGCAAGUUGUUUAUAUCUUAUUCUUGAUGUGUGGAAAGAGGCUAGAGAUUGAGAACUUGUAAAUCAGAUGCAGAGUGUGCACAUUAAUAAAUCGUUUUUUGUGUCAGUGAUCCGUCUUAAAUGUAUGUUUUGCUUUUGUUUAUUUCACCAUUUGUGAUUUUAUUACAAUAUUAUUCUCCACUUUUACAUGAUACUGAAACUUUGAAACAAUUUGUUGUCUUUUAUAGAAUUUCUCACAUGUUAUAGAAGAUAGUCUUGAAUAUUACUUUCUUACAUUCUCCUUUUCAUUACUGAGUUUCUCUCAUGCCAUGUUAGAGACUCUGACAUUCAACAUUUUUGAAUGGGAAAACUUUUCUUCCUUCCCGGUGAGGGUGAAAAACAAAUCUCAUUGUAGGGCAUUUUUUUAUGGAUCAUUCUUGAACUUCUGUUGUGAUUCUUAUAUUGAAAUUAUUAUUUCACGAAGAUAAUAAACAUUUCAUGCAAAUUAUAAUUUGUUUUUGUGCAGGUUCAUUAUUAAAUUAUUUAUGAAUUGUCCUAAAAUGUAGAACUAUUGUGGAGGAAGAGUAUUACCAAAAUUAAUUUUUAAAGUCUGGUAGGAAAAUAUAUUUUUAGUAUUUUUGUUUGAUUCUUUUUAUAUGAAGGACAAGCAUAAGUUAAGGUGAAAUGAGAUGUUUUAAUACUAUUUGUACUAUUGGAAAUAUGUUAAGUUUGAUGUUUUUAUAAUCAGAAAGGUGCUUCUAAAAUACUAUUUAUCAAUAAUUCAUGGUCCACUAAGAGUAAACAUUGUGUAUCAAGUGUCUAUUAUAGUUCAUUCAUAUUCCACCUUUUCUGUGAUAGACAUGUGAUUUGUGGUGUAUUUUUAGGGGCCUCUGGAAAUUUGACCUUUGCGUAAGAGGCUUUGAAAAUUGGCAGAGAAAAACAGGCACUUCUUUAUUGUAUUUCUAACUAUUUAAAAGUGUAAGAGAAAAUGUUUUUGAGUUGAUUAGCUGGAUGUACGAAAAUAUUUUUAGCUCUUAAGUCUUAAAGACUGGCUUAUUAUAGUACUGAAAAAUUUAACAAGCAAGGAAUUUAAUGAUAUUCUUGGUAGAAUAUUAUUUUACAUCUCCCAAAAGCAAAAGGAAAUCUCAGAAAGUUAUAAUGUAUUUGUGGGAAAUAACUUUAGAAGAAACCGGAGAAAAUAGAGAAAAAACCUAGGAUUUGAAUGAAGUCAAUAAAAUUUGUUGAAUAUUUGUUUCAUUUUUACUUGUAAUAAAAUUUGUUGAAAUUUGUUAAUAUUUGCCUCUACUUCCAAAUGGUCAUGGGACAUUUGAGAAGGAAAGAAAUAAUUGUUUCCAUUUUAUUAUGACAUAAAACCUUUAAGAAUACCUAUUAUUGACUAUUCUUAUUUGGUGUAUCCAGUAUAUUUUUAUCAAUGCAUUUUUAGGUUCUCCAUCAAGAAACCUAGUAUAUAAUUUCAAAAUGUUUUUAAAAUUGUUGUAAAUUUAAUUUUAUUUUGUGUAGUGGAUUCUAUUCCUAUUCUUCAAUUAUAUUUGAGAAUGAUAAGUUUUAUUUGCAAACACGAAUUCUGUAUUUCUUUAGCAUUAAUGCUAAAUGGCUUGUAAGACACUAAUGUUGUCUUUUUGGCAGCACUUAUACACAAACAACUAGUAAACCUUAUGAAAAAUUAAAUUCUAAUUGAAUCUGAAUUUUUUUCAGUUAUUUGAAAAUGUGCAUAUUGGAACCCAGAGGUAGUAACACCCAAAAAUAGAACUUUAGCAAAAAUUAAAU